CAAUUGUUGCAUCAAUUUCUUCAUCCUACAAUUAAAAUAACUAAGCUUUGAAGAAGAAAAACAAAAUGAUGGGUUCUAAGGCAUUUCUAUUUCUUGGCCUUAUUUUGGCUAUUUUUGCGAUGAUAAGCUCAGAGGUUGCAGCGAGGGAGUUGACUGAGACCCCUACCAAAUUGGAUAAGGGAUAUAAGGGAUAUGGCGAAUAUAACAGCGGAUAUAAAUCACCUAGUGGCGAGUAUAAACCCUCGUAUGAUGAAUAUAACUAUGGUUACAAAUCUCCUGGUGACAAAUAUAAAUAUUCACGUGAUGAAUAUAACUAUGGAUACAAGUCUCCUGGUGGCGGGUACAAAUAUUUAGGGGAUGAAUAUAACAAAGGAUAUAAAUCCUCUGGUGGUGAAUAUAAAUCUGCUCAUGGCGAAUAUAACUAUGGAUACGAAUCUCCUGGUGACGGAUAUAAAUAUUCAGAUGACGAAUAUAUGAAUGGAUAUAAAUCCCCUGGUGGCGAAUAUAAAUCUCCAUACGGUGAAUAUAACAAAGGAUACAGAUCCUACGAUGGCGAAUAUAACAAUGGAUAUAAAUCCCCUAGUGACGAAUAUAAAUCUCCGUAUGGCAAAUAUAACAAAGGAUACAAAUCCUCCGAUGACGAAUAUGAUAGAGGAUAUAAAGCCUCCGAUGGCGAAUAUAACAAAGGAUACGAAUCCUCGGAUGGCGAAUAUGAUAAAGGAUAUAAAUCCUUCGAUGGCGAAUAUAACAAAGGAUACGAAUCCUCCGAUGGCGAAUAUGACAAAGGAUACAAAUCCUCCGAUGGCGAAUAUGAUAAAGGAUACAAAUCCUCCGAUGGCGAAUAUGACAAAGGAUACAAAUCCUCCGAUGGCGAAUAUGAUAAAGGAUACAAAUCCUCCGAUGGCGAAUAUGACAAAGGAUACAAAUCCUCCGAUGACGAAUAUAACAAAGGAUAUAAAUCCUCCGAUGGCGAAUAUAAACUACCAGGUGGAGGCCAUGAUUAAAUGACUUGCCAAUCCUCACAAUAAGGCAUCAUGUACUAUUAUAAAACACUUGUCUAUCUAUGUAGUGGCAAGAUCAAUACUUUGUAAUAGUCUUGCUACUUUAGAUCUUGUUGUAAAAAGUAUGAAUAAAAUACCAUUCAGUUCAUAUGAAUGGUUGAUCGUGUAAUAGCUUGUUGUAUAAUAUAUUAUGAUACGAGUAAUAUAUUUUCAUAA